AUGUCGCACCAACCCAACCUGCCCCGCAUUUCAACCACCACCCCUCCACCAAGCCAACCUUUGGCACCGCCCUCAGCACACCACCGGUCCGCCCUGCCUCCCGAUUCCCAGUACUACCAAUUCACUGACGCAGAGCAAGAAAAAUUUGGAGAGAUCCUUGAAGUCUCCGUCCAAGGUCGUUCGUCUACCCCAUCCAUGACCAAACGCGACCGCGAGACCUGGGCAGCCACCAAACUCCCAUCCCCGGUUUUUCUUGCCGUCAAUUCUCCGCAUGAACACCGCUUUGUGGACUUCCGACCCCUCCAACAACCCAUACCACCAAAGCUGACCCCCAGCGUUGCCAUGCAUCGAUGGAGCCGCAUGUUCACCGCAUGCUUACUCCACUACGACCUCAGCAUCCCAACCGCAGUCCGCUUUGUUGGCAACAUCCACACUGGUGCCCAUCGCGACUGGCCCACCCUCGAACCCAUUCUCCGUGAAGCCAAUGUUGACCCCUUCCUCAUCACCCAGCUCAAACGCAUCUUCCUCGAUGGCGCCCCCAAUUACGUCAAUGCGGAAUCAACCGAUGAGAACCUGCGCACCUUCAUUGCCUACGGUAAUCACAAGACGGUUUACGACGACAUGAGCAAAACACAAAGCGCAGUCGAAAAAGACAUCCUCCGCAACUACCUUCUGGCAGCCAACCCAGCCCUACUUCCAUACAUCCGAGACGCCCACACUACUCCCCUCGGGUUGGUUGAUGCAUGUCACGAAUAUCGCAAACCCCGUAUCAUCUUUGAUGCCACCCACCAUCCUUCCCUGACAGCCAUGGCAGUUAACGAUUUCACUUCUAAAGAAACUGAACCGGAAAUCUGCUUCCCGAGGUCAUUUCCCAACUUCUUGAUCUGGAUCUACAACCUUCGCAUCACCUACCCACAAGAAGAAAUCUACAUUUGCGACGAUGAUGUCUCUGGCGCCUUCCGCCAUGUCAAAUGGAACCCAAAUGUUGUUGGCAUGCACAUGUUCAUGCUAUUUGGUUUCCUUUUCUUCUGUACGGGUCUCUCAUUUGGCGACAACACCAGCCCAGCCCAAUGGGAAGUCGUCGCCAUGGUCCGCCAGCAGCUUGCCCAAUCCCUUUGGUAUGCUGCAGUAACCACCAUCCCACGAGUCGCAAAAUACCUCCCCAAGCUAUCCCUUGCUCCCCUUCCAACGCCAUCAGACAUUGCCGCUUUCACUCCUGCUGAGCCCGACUCUAAGAAUCAAGGGGUUUUAAAGGCAGACGGAUCCCGCAAGUCCCCGACCUUUGAUCACCAUGUUGACAAUUGCCUAUACGCCGACGUGGCCCUAUUCUUACGCCAAACCAUUUCAGCCAGCAUCCUUGCCCUAUACAUCCUAUUGGGAUUCCCCAACCCAUCCAACGGGAUCCGUGAUUGCAUAUCUUGGGAAAAAUUUGCCAACACUUUUUCCCACAAACGCAAAACAGUUGGAUGGCUCAUCAACUUGAGAAGAAUGACAGGCACGUUUCAACUGCAACCACCGUCUGUCGAUGGAUGCGUUGUUCCUACUUCAACUUGCAACGUGUCCUGA